UGUCAAUGACGCUGUUGUUUUGUGUUGCUCGCCUCAGGCAGGGACCCGCCUCGCAACCAGACUGGCUGGCGGUCCGGAGAAACGUGAGAGAUCGCCUCAGGCCCCAAAAGACGGCCUCGUUUUCCAUCGCAUUCCUUUCUCUCCUCUCUUUUUCCUCCGUCAACCUGUCAGCCCUUUUCUCUUUCUUGUCUCACUCUUCUCGUCAUUGCCACCUUGUCUCCCCGUCCAGUCAAUGUAUUUACUCUUCUCCUGACAUCUUCGGUCUUCUCAGUCUUUCCAUUGGUCAGAAUCUCUUUGACUUCACCCUUCUCUCCAGCGCAAGCCCUACUCUUCCGGCUGGGCAGGCCAUCUUCGGGUUAUAAGUCCGCCCUUCGAGAUCCCCUAUACGCUUCGCUCUUUCCUCGACGCUUGCCUAUCCACUCGUAUUCAAGGAUCAUGAGCUCAUCGGAGGACGAUACCCCACUUUUGAAAGCGAACGGUCGAUCUACUCUAACCCCUAGCAACGCGACCAUGGGUGAUGCGACGGAGACAAACGGUCAUGUCGAUCCUGGCAUAUCAAACCGUUUUGGACCAGUGCAGAAAGAUGGUGACGUCCAAAUGACGGAUGCAGACCCCCAAGCCAACGGCGCCGCCAGCAAAAGAAGAGCGCGAAUCAGUGUUGACCAAAGGAAGUCUUAUGCCGAACUAGAGAGCAGUGAGGAGGAUGAUCAGCCCUUGAGCAAGCGCCGUCGCACUUCCGCGAAGCACGAAGAUCCAGAAACCGAUGAAGAUGUGCCUCUAGCUCUUAACGGAAGAAAGCUGCCUAAAGCUGCUGAGACUGCUAUAGGCGAUGAAUCUGAUUCGGAUGUCCCCAUCGAACGGAAGUUAGCUUCUCAGAAGAAGAGAAUCCAACAGAAGGCGGAGAAGGACGCGCAAGCUAGUCGCAAACAAGAGUCCGCAAAGGCGGCAGCGAACAAGAAAAAGCCAGUCAACGGCGUCAAGAAGGAGCCGGUCGAGGAUGCUAAAAAGCCUGCGAAGAGAGCAUCAACAUCAAAGGUAAAGACCGAGCCAAAUUCUGCGCAAUCCAGCCCUGCGAAGAAGGGAAGCGCGAAGGCUACUCCUGUUAAGAAGGAAGAGAGUGAGGAAGCUGAAGAGGCCGAGGAGGAGGAAUAUAGGUGGUGGGAAGAUCCUACGAAGGGUGAUGGAACAAUCAAGUGGACGACUCUCGAGCACAACGGCGUUGUCUUUCCCCCGCCGUACGAACCCCUCCCGAAGGAUGUUAAAAUGAAAUACGAUGGUGUUCCAGUCAACCUUCAUCCUGAUGCGGAAGAGGUAGCGGGCUUCUUCGGAAGUAUGUUGAAUGCGACUCAACAUGUUGAAAACCCUACCUUCCAAAAGAACUUCUUCAUGGACUUCAAGGAUAUUCUUAAGAAGACUGGUGGUGCAACCGACUCCAAGGGUAACAAGGUCGAUAUCAAGGAUUUCUCCAAGUGUGAUUUCCAGCCAAUCUUCGCAUACUACGACAUGAAACGCCUGGAAAAGAAGAGCCUCCCACCGGCUGAGAAGAAGCAGCAAAAGGCUGAGAAAGAUGCUGAAGAAGCUCCUUAUAUGUUCUGCAUGUGGGAUGGCCGUAAGCAGAAAGUUGGAAAUUUCCGUGUUGAACCCCCUUCGCUUUUCCGUGGUCGUGGUGAACAUCCCAAGACGGGACGUGUUAAGGCUCGAGUUCAGCCUGAGCAGAUCACUAUAAAUAUCGGAAAGGACGCCCCUGUACCCCCACCUCCAGAAGGCCACCGUUGGAAAGAAGUCAAGCAUGAUCAAGAAGGCACAUGGCUUGCUAUGUGGCAAGAGAACAUCAAUGGCAAUUACAAAUACGUUAUGCUUGCAGCGAAUUCCGAUGUCAAGGGUCAGAGCGACUACAAGAAGUUCGAGAAGGCUCGUGAAUUGAAGCACCACAUCGAUAAGAUUCGCAAGGACUAUAAGAAGAACUUGAAACAUGAGCUGAUGGUAGAGAGACAGAAGGCCACAGCUGUCUACUUGAUAGAUCAGUUUGCCCUUCGUGCUGGUAAUGAAAAGGGCGAAGACGAGGCCGAAACAGUUGGCUGUUGCUCUCUGAAAUACGAGAACGUCACCCUCAAGCCACCAAACAAGGUUGUUUUUGAUUUCCUUGGUAAGGACAGUAUCCGAUUUUACGACGAAGUCGAAGUCGAUCAGCAGGUUUUCAAAAACUUAAAGAUCUUCAAGAAAGCGCCUAAGAAGGAAGGUGAUGAAAUCUUCGACCGGUUAACGACAUCUGCGCUCAACAAACAUCUUUCAAAUUAUAUGUCUGGGUUGACGGCGAAGGUGUUCCGUACUUACAACGCUUCUCACACAAUGGGAACACUCCUCAAAGAAAUGAACGCGACCGGUACCAUUGCAGAAAAGGUCAAGGCUUACAAUGAUGCCAACCGUAAAGUGGCCAUCCUCUGCAAUCACAAACGGACAGUUACUGCAUCCCAUGCUAAUCAAAUGGAGAAGAUGGGUGAGAGGAUCAAAGGUCUUCGUUACCAAAGAUGGCGCCUCAAGCAGCAGAUGCUUGAUCUGGAGCCCAAUCUAAAGAAGAAGAAGGGAGCCAAAUUCUUCGAAAUCGACGAAGACAUCGACAAGGAGUGGAUCAAAGAGCAUCAGGCUUUCUUGAUUGAAGAACAACGGCAGAAGAUCCAGAAGAAGUUCGACAAGGAUAACGAGAAGCUCGCGGCCGAAGGGGAGAAGGAAAUGAAGGCCACCGAACUUGAGAAACGACUGGAAGUGAUUAAGGACAUGGAGAAGAAAUUCAACAAAGAGAACAAGACCGGGAAAGUGGAAGCUGAAGGCAAAGGCCCUACUGUUGACAAGAUUGAGACCGCCAUCCAGAAGCUUGAACAGCGUAUUGAGACGAUGGAAUUGCAGGCUCAAGAUAAGGAAGAUAACAAAGAAGUGGCCCUUGGAACGUCCAAGAUUAACUAUAUCGACCCUCGUCUCACGGUGGUUUUCAGCAAGAAGUUCAACGUCCCAAUCGAAAAAUUCUUCUCGAAGUCACUGCGGGAGAAGUUCGAGUGGGCUAUCAAGUCCGUUGAGGAGGAUUGGGAGUUUUAAAUUCUGUGAUACAAUUGGACUUCCUGGGGGCUUGCUGCGUAUUAUUAGGAGUUUACUCACGGCUUUUUCUAUCGUUGUUUCUUUGUCUUUAUGUUUUUGGUUGCUUCUCAAGCCCCGUCAUGGUAGGUAGAGGGACUGUGACAUAUACUGGCUUCGACAUUUAUCUUUCAAAGCAACUGUGCUUUUGGAAUACGCCUGCAAAAGCAACAAGACCUACUUCGGCCAUUGCUUUACUCUAUUGUCUAUACAAUAUUUCUUCGGACUCAUCAAACUAAGAAAAAAAAACCAAGAAUAGAAGGAGAGGGAGCGUUAUCAAUACACCAAGCAAUACAAUACACAGACACAGGUCUUCAGACCCCCCAGGGGCGCAGACAUAACAAUAUGGGGGACGAAUAGAGCUUAGCAGUGACUUACUCUUGCAGAAUACAGAUUUUGUAUACUCUCGUGGCCAUGAAAUCUGCCUCAAAUUAAAAACAUUCCUAAGCCAGUAGACGCAAGCACAUCAACUCUAUCAGUUUAACAAUUGUACGAAGGCAAUAAAUACCGAGAUAUUCUUCAAUAUUAUAGACAUAUUCAGCAUCUAUAUAAACUAUGAAGAGCCACAUACUAUUUCUGCUUCAUUCGUCCACAGCUAGACAACAUUUCUCUGUCAAUCUUCAUUCAAGCUCCUUUAUUGCUCCAGAUCCCACCUCA